GGUGCCGGUGGCGCAUGUGCCCUGCUCCCCUCCCCGGCCCUGGAUUCCACUUCCUUUCCGCUCACGCUGCAGCCGCAGCCGCCUCCAGGCCUUGCGCCGCCUCCAGGCCUCGCGCCGCCUCCGGAGUCCAUGGCCGGGACGCGCUGGGUGCUCGGGGCGCUGCUCCGAGGCUGCGGCUGCAACUGUAGCAGUUGCCGGCGCACCGGCGCCGCCUGCUUGCCUUUCUACUCGGCAGCCGGCUCCUUCCCCUCGGGCGUCUCGGGCCGUCGCCGCCUGCUGCUGCUGCUCGGGGCCACGGCGGCCGCCGCCUCUCAGACGCGAGGCCUUCAGAUCGGGUCUGCGCCCGCCGGGAGGCUGGCGGAGCCUCCCCACACUGCCGCCGCCGCGGCCGCCGCCUCUUUCCCAGCCCUGCGAGCCCCUCUGCUGCCGCAGUCGCUGGCGGCGGCCGCGGGCCCGGCGCGGGGCUACAGCCAGGAGUCCAAAGCUACCUACCUGGAAGAUCUUCCGCCUCUCCCUGAGUAUGAAUUGGCUCCAUCCAAGUUAGGAGAGGAAGUGGAUGAUGUUUAUCUCAUUCGAGCUCAAGGAUUACCAUGGUCAUGCACUCUAGAAGAUGUGCUUAACUUUUUCUCAGACUGCAGAAUUCGCAAUGGCGAGAAUGGAAUACACUUCCUCUUAAAUAGAGAUGGGAAGCGAAGGGGUGAUGCCUUAAUUGAAAUGGAAUCAGAGCAGGAUGUGCAAAAAGCCUUAGAGAAGCACCGCAUGUACAUGGGGCAGCGGUAUGUGGAAGUCUAUGAGAUAAACAAUGAAGACGUGGAUGCCUUAAUGAAGAGCCUGCAGAUCAAAUCUUCACCUGUGGUAAAUGACGGUGUGGUUCGUUUGAGAGGACUUCCCUACAGUUGCAAUGAGGGGGACAUCAUAGAUUUCUUUGCAGGACUGAAUAUAGUAGACAUUACUUUUGUCAUGGACUACAGAGGGAGAAGAAAAACAGGGGAAGCCUAUGUGCAAUUUGAAGAGCCAGAAAUGGCCAACCAAGCCCUACUGAAGCACAGGGAGGAAAUUGGUAACCGAUAUAUAGAGAUAUUUCCAAGCAGAAGGAAUGAAGUUCGAACACACAUUGGUUCUCAUAAGGGAAAGAAAACAACAUCUUCUCCUACUGCUAAGUAUGUAACUGAGCCAGAAAUGGUCUUUGAAGAACAUGAAGUAAAUGAGGAUAUUCAACCCAUGACAGCUUUUGAAAGUGAGAAAGAACUAGGUAAGGGCCUGCUCUUGUUGAGACUCAUUGGGUCUAUCUUGCAUGUUUUGAUAUUAAAAAACUCCUUUAUGACCAUUUUGUAUGAAAUUGUAAGGUUAUAGGAUAAGGGAACUAAG